CCGCAGCCCUGGGGUGUUUGGUCACCCUGGCCACCUUGUGCCUCCUCGCCUUCCGGAUCCUGCUGUGGCGCCGCAGCCUGGACACCCUCGCGUGGUCCGGUCUGGAGUGGGAGAGGGUCGCAGCCCGCAACGACACCGCACGCCCCUCCCUCGCCUUCUGCAAUGCCAACCCAUUACGAGCAACGGCACUCUACUCCGCUGGAGUCUACGACAGAGUUUCUCAGGCUAUGCAGGACUCAGGAUUUUCCUUUGAAGACCUUGAUCUUUCCACAGACCAGCUCCUAGAAUUUUCUCACACAAUGGACACCAUGCUCAAACGAUGCCAGAUAAACGAUGAUGAAUGCAAAGCUGAAGAUUUCGAACCCUUAAGGACAAAACAUGGGCUGUGUUUUCAAAUACAUUUUCAAGAAGAACUGAUGACCCUUGAGCUGAUUCUCGAUCCUGAGGAAGAUGAGUACGUUCUGCCGAACGACGGCUUCACCGGAUUCCUGGUCCUUCUCAAUGCCUCGCAUCGGGACCAUGGGAGCUUCUUCAUCGGAAGUGGAUUUCACAAUAUGGUUCGCAUUUCAUCAGCGGUAGUCCGAACUUACGAGUGGAAUCCAUCACGCAGACAACGAAAUCAGCACUUUAUCAAAGCCUUCUACCCUAUGGCAUUAGGUCUGAAACGAAAGCGGAAGCAGAAAAGGUUGGUUUAUGGAUGGUUCAAUCGAAGACGCAUCGAUUUUCAGGAGGAGGUGAGCAGAUCGAUACAGCAGCGAGCGUUCCUGCGGGCAAUGAAUCGCACUGCCCUACAAGAGAUCGCCAAGCAGGUGCACGAGCUGACCAAGAUCAAGGUGGCCCUCGGCUUCGUCUGCGACCUGAUCCGCCAAGGCGUGCAGGCUCUGAAGGUGGAGACUGCAAUGCUUCCUCAGACGAGCUGCGCCAAGGACCUGCACCGAAUCGGCGCCUCCCUCUACGUCCACCUCGUCGACGCCCAGGACAAGUGGGAUGCCUGGUUGCACCAGUCGCCGGACUCGCUGCUCAUCAACGACAGUCUCACAAGCGCCGACUUGGAGCUGCGGCUGGUGGGUAAUUUCUUCUCCGCACAAACCAUCGGCGCUCGGCUGCGCUCGCAUUUCCGCGAACUCAUUCGAAGUGUGAGUUGUGCCACCUGUCAGUGCCUGCCUGUCUCAGCGGGGGAAGAGUUCCUCCUUGAAGUUCAUCCGCCGAGGGCAGCAAGCCUGGUUGCCGUAAGCUACAAUUCCUCGUCAAGCCGAGAGCUGUUCCAGCCAAUGCCCACAGCCAGACUCAUGGCGGCAGCCAAUGAAACAGGCUGCCGUCUGGUUCAGACUGUGUACAGAGCAAGAACUUCGAUUUUGGGCGAGCGAAUUUCCUCAAUCGUCACGCUCAUCGAUCGUAUGAACACCGAACUUCACAAGCUGACGGCCGAAAAUCGUGAAACAAGGGCUAAGUAUGCUCUCUCACAGUCCACUCGGCACAGACUGCCCCUCUCAAAUCUCGUUCAACGGACCUACCGCUGGGUGAUUGCCAUUGAUUUUGGACCUGAUCACCUUAUCGGAAUAGUGUCUGGCGCACUGAGUCUCUGGAUAACGCUCAUUCUACUUAUCGAGCUGCACAGGAAGAAUAUUCACUGCCAGAGGCGAAACCACCUCCAAAUGAGGCGACUCUCCAUCGGCGUUCGUGACGAAGCCCACGCUGCGCUCGAAAACAACGAGAUUCCUCUCCCAGACGAGCGGUACAGACGAUGCUGCACAGCGGGAAAGGCGGGUGUUCAGCCUAGUUUGAUCCGCUUUGAGGCAAGAGGUAUGCUGGGCUCGUGGUUAAGGCUGUGA